CCUGUAAAUUAAACCCAGCUCCCCCUCCUCACAUCACUUUUCCUCAGUCAGUCGGAGCUUCACGGCGUUUACAAACAUUACUGUCUUAUCUGUUAUUUUCAUCUGUAAUCAUGACUCAGGUCAACACCUGCCUCAAACGCACCUUAACCAUCUUCAACCUCUUCUUCGCGAUCAUUGGCGGCUUCAUCAUCGCGCUUGCUCUGCUGUCUCAGAUCCUCACCAACGUUAAUGGAGGCGAAGGCCUGGAGGGUCGGACCGCCGGCCUCAUCCUCCUCUAUGUGGUCGGCUCCGUCACCAUGGUCAUCGCCAUCCUGGGAGCCUACGGCGCCCACAGGGAGAACAGAGCGUGUCUGAUCGUGUUCCUGGUGUGUAUGGUUAUUGGAAGUCUGAUGAUGAUCCGAGCUGGUAUUCCUGCCGCCAUCAGCCGUCCCGAGGUAACAUCCCUACUGCUGGAGAAGUUCCAUGAGCUUCUUCCUCUGGAUAAAGCUUCAGAAGAUGUGAAGAACAUGGCUGAAAGCCUGCAGACACAGCUGCACUGCUGUGGUUUGUUCAGCUAUGAGGACUGGAGGGAGGACAUCCCCAGAUCGUGUCUGUGUGACCAAGAGUACGAGAUCGAGGGGAAGUGUCAGUCAGUCAGCUACGGACGUCUGAUGCAGAGGAAGUCCGUCUACACCAAGACCUGCUUCCCUGUCAUCCUCCACUACACCCUGCUGCUCGUUGACGUCAUGAUCGGAGUCGUCUUCUCUCUGGCUGCCCUGGCGCUGUUGGGCAUGGUCUUGUCCUCCCUCAUGAUCCACCAGAUGCGUUACCCAUACAGACCCACCAUCCUGAUGACGGUCCCCGCCGUAUUCACCACGCCUCCGCCCAAAUACCAGGAGCUGCACAACCCUCCCGAGUACUAGAGGAACACCUCUACUACCGCUCUCGCUUCUGUUGUUAGCUCGAUGUACAGCGUCGACAGGAAGUCGACGUGUUUCUGUUGUCUGUCUGUUUGUUCUUGAAUGCGAGGCAGUGCGAGGACGGCAUGUCCAAAGUGCCUUACGUCACUGUGAGGAGUCCGACUGUCGAUGGAAACACCACUGGGUUUCAUUUUCUGAUGCAAAGCACCUCUGAAAAGAUCUGCAGCAACUUUAUUAGUCAUUUUAUAUCAGUUGAGAGUGAGUCUGAUUGGGGGGCGGGGCUUCUUAUUGGUCGCAAUCUGCUGUUUUCAUACAACUAGAGAGGAUCGUGUUCGUCAUCAUCACAAGAUAAUUAAUAAUCAACAUCACAGAAGUAAAAAGUCAAAAAGUUUGACGCUUAAAUCUCUAAAUUCUGACUUUUUUCUAUGGAAUUUGGCUCUAAAAAUCCUCUUCUGGAUAAACUCAAAUGGAGUUCAAGAAGACAUCUUUUAGACCACCUUUCAACAGUAAUAAGAUCACAAAAUAAUUUAAGAUCACAAAAAAGGAAAAAAAUAAGAAUGUCUCGUUUUUGAAAGUAUUUGUAGACUUUAAUCUCUAAAUUCAGACUGAAUUGAUUGUGAACUUUAUGAAAACAUCUCAGUUGUUAAAAGUAAAACAAAAUCUGAGACUUUUAUUGUUAAAUUCUGACUUUUUUCUAUGGACUUUGGCUCUAAAAAUCCUCUCCUGGAUAAACUCAAACUGAAUUAAUCAAGAAGACAUUUUUAGACCAUUUUCCAACAGUAAUAAGAUUAAAUUAAGAUUGCAAAAUAAUUUAAGAUCACAUUAAAAUGAACAAAAUAGAGCUAAGAUUAAUACCUCUAUGUUGAAAGUCAAAAUUUGUAGACUUUAAUCUCUAAAUUCAGACUGAAUUGAUUGUGAACUUUGUGAAAAUAAUCUCAGUUAAAAGUAAAAAGAAUCUGAGAUGUUUAUCUCUAAAUUCUGACUUUUUUUCUAAGGAUUCUGGCUCAAGAUGUGUAAAUUUAAAAUUUUGUGGAAAAGAUUUUAUCAAGAAAACAUCUUUUAUAAGAAAUUCAGAUUUGUUUCUAAGAUUUUUUAAUGUCACUACAUAAUUUAAACGUCAAGAUUUUAAUCUUAAACUGUACGGUUUAGAAACAGAAUCAUUUAGAGCCAAACUUCAUAGAAAAAAAGUCUGAAUUUAAAGUUUUUUUUUUGCAAUCACAAACAUCCUCUCUGGUUAUUCUUUUAAUUUUUCACAAACUUCAGUAGAACUGUAGUUUUUUUUUUUUAGCUGCAGGUUCCUGAAGCUCAUUGCACUUUUCUCUGAUGCAAAAAAACACUUUAAAUUUUUUUUUUAAUUAUCCUAGUUCUAAUUUGUUUCAGCAAACGGCCUUUUUGAGUGAUGAUAAAAACCAGAAGUGCCACAUUGUUUGCUCUGCAGAAGCACUGAAAUUAACUGCUGAAUGCGAAAAAGAUUAAAAUCUUUUAAUUUAUUUUCUUCCCAACCACGGACAGACUGAUCGACAUUAAUCCUCCAAUUUGUAGAAGCUGCCACUCUCGCCUCGGUUUACGUAAAGUUUUUUUUAUAUA